CGCUGGGCUCUAUUUGAAUCGGCUGAUGACGUCACCGCUGAGCUGACUGAGCUACUAUGGCGGAUCUGAAGUUUUCAAACUUUUACUGAUUCGUCCACUUUUCCAAUGGAGCACCUCCAGGGAGCUUGGAAGACCCUAAGCAACGGGCUGGGGAUGAAGGAGUCCGCGCUGGAGAGUCCCUGCAUCUCCCCCACCGCCGCGCAGGAGUUUCCCUAUCAGCGGCGCUCGUCGUCGGAAGACUCCAAGAUCCCCGACUCCAAAACCAUCCGCGUGUACCUGCCCAACAAGCAGCGCACCGUGGUGAAUGCGCGGCCUGGUAUGACUCUCCACGGCUGCCUCAUCAAGGCGCUGAAGGUUCGAGGACUUCAGCCCGAGUGCUGCGCCGUCUACAAACACAACGCCGUCCAACGGAGUAAAACGUCUCGGAUGGACUGGAACACGGACUCGGCCCUGCUCAUCGGGGAGGAACUGCGGGUGGAGGUGCUAGACCAUGUGCCUCUGACCACACACAACUUUGUCCGGAAGACAUUUCUGAAGUUGGCCUACUGUGACAUGUGCCAGAAGUUCCUCCUGAACGGCUUCCGCUGCCAGACCUGCGGGUAUAAGUUCCACGAGCACUGCAGCACCAAGGUUCCCACCAUGUGUCUGGACUGGAGCAACAUCAGGCAGCUCAUUUUUAACAGGUUAUUUCCAACCCCGGGUGAAAGUGCCACGCUGCCUCCGUACACCGCCAGGAGAAUGAGGGAGUCCAUGUGCAGGAUACCCAGCAGCUCGCAGCACAGAUACUCGACCCACGCGUUCAACGACGGCGCGGCGUACCCACCCUCGGGCGGCGCGCUCUCUCAGAGGCAGCGCUCCACCUCCACCCCCAACGUGCACAUGGUCAGCGCGGCCCUGCCCGUCGACAGCAGCCUGAUCGAGCUAGAUUGCCUGAACACCUCUCCUAGUUCCUGGUGUCGGCGGUUUUGUCUGAGGAGAAGAGAUGCGAUACGUCAUGGACACGGUCAAGGCUCAGCAGGUAGUUCUCCGAACCAAAGUCCGACUGGCUGGAACCAGCCCAAAACUCCCCCUCCAGCUCCGAAAGAGAGGGCGUCGUCCUUCACUUCUCAGGAGAAAAACAAAAUUAGGCCGAGAGAUAAGAGAGACUCGAGCUACUACUGGGAGAUCGAAGCCAGCGAGGUCAUGCUGCACUCCAGAAUCGGCUCGGGCUCCUUCGGAACCGUGUACAAAGGGAAAUGGCACGGUGACGUGGCGGUGAAGGUUUUAAAAGUGACGGAUCCCACGCCGGAGCAGUUCCAGGCUUUCCGCAACGAAGUCGCGGUCCUACGCAAGACCAGACACGUGAACAUCCUGCUGUUCAUGGGCUACAUGACGAGAGAUAACCUGGCCAUCGUGACGCAGUGGUGCGAGGGCAGCAGCCUCUACAAACACCUCCACGUGCUGGAGACCAACUUCCAGAUGUUCCAGCUGAUCGACAUCGCCAGGCAGACGGCCCAGGGCAUGGACUACUUGCACGCCAAGAACAUCAUCCACCGAGACAUGAAGUCAAACAACAUCUUCCUGCACGAGGGCCUGACGGUGAAAAUCGGGGAUUUCGGCCUGGCCACGGUGAAGGCCCGGUGGAGCGGCUCUCACCAGGUUGAGCACCCCUCAGGAUCCAUAUUAUGGAUGGCUCCUGAGGUGAUGCGAAUGCAGGACAACAAUCCGUACAGUUUCCAGUCAGACGUUUACUCGUACGGCAUCGUCCUGUACGAACUGAUGACCGGAGAGCUUCCUUAUUCCAACAUAGCUAUCAGAGACCAGAUCAUCUUCAUGGUUGGCAGCGGUUACCUGACCCCAGAUCUCACCAAGCUCUAUAAGAGCUGCCCCAAAGCCAUGAAGCGCCUGGUCGCCGACUGCAUUAAGAAAUCCGAAGAUGAACGGCCUCUGUUCCCACAGAUCCUGUCGUCCAUCGAGCUGCUGCAGCACUCGCUCCCCAAGAUCAACCGCAGCGCCUCGGAGCCGUCGCUGCACCGAGCCACCCACACCGAGGACAUCAACACCUGCACUUUAACCUUCACCAAGCUGCCCGUCUUCUGACCCGCUCAGCCGAGGCUGAUGGGAAAUCUCUCGCGUGUCAGGUUUUUUUUAAAGACUCGGAUGCACUCGAGCGUUAGAGGUGACCUGCGCCUCGUGUAGUCGCGUUUCCCGAGCGGAUCGUAUCAACGACGUCAGGCGACGCACAGGCGCGUUCACAAACUCACAAAUUUACAGUAAGAAAUUGUUACAGUGAAACUGAGACUGUUGUGGACGUGACGUGUAGCUCUGCCGAACGGAAGGAACUGAGCAGCUUUUUUGUUUUUGCAGCCUGUGUGAUUUCAGGACAGUCGAUGCGGAGAGGUGCGGCUGUGACCAUCGAAUGUUCGGAAACAGAAAAAGACCUUAUCAAUCACUUUGCUUUGUCUUGCGUGUGAACUUUUAUAACCGUUCAGUCGAUUUUCACGGUUUCACGGUUGGAUAAAUGUGUAACGUACGUCCCGAAACACUCGAGUGUUCAGCUGCCUUUCAAAAAAGAAAAUCUAAUUCAUAUCGUAUUUUAGAUAGUCUGACGUAUUUGGGGUCUGAUAUAUAUGUUUUGAAUUUCAGCGGCGCUAUUGGCCGACCGGGCUUCAACAGACGUGAUUGGCUAUGUCUGAUGGGGGGAGGCCGAACAGACAAGCUGCUCCUGACUUUAAUAAAUAAGCAGGGUUGCAUCAGGAUGUAAAAACUGGAGUCCGUUGUUAAAGCUGUGCUGAAUCAGGUAUCCGGACCGGAAGGAUCCACUGUUGCGAUGCCUAAAUGCAGGAGCAGCUCUGAUUCUCUAAUCCAGCCAUGUAGCUCUAGUGCUAAAAGCAAGAUUCAGACCUCCGACCCCAGUCAAGUACAUUUAUAUUACGUUAAAGUGGAAAACGUGUGAAUUAGAUUUUAAUUUUAAUAAUGACCUCUUUCUUUAAGGUUCAUUUUGUAAUAGCGCUCGACAUAUCAAAACCGCCUCGACUCUUUAGUGAUGGUCGGCUCACUUCUGAAGAUUUUAUUGCAGACUUUAGUACGUACUGUUGUUCCAUAAUGGUUAUUUUAAUAAAAUUUAAGUUAAAUCCAUUAA